CAAGCGCGACAAUAUUAAUGACAUAGAUUCUGAGAGCCGACGAGAUGACAUAGACGUUGGCAGCUAACCGAACCGGAAGUUCAUGCUUACGAACGGAUUUCGGGUCACCCAAGAACUGAAGAGGGCGUGUAUUCAAUGACUCCCCACCAUUAUCCGCCAGCAUUAGGAAUAGGUAGGGAAAGAGACGGAAGAUACGUUGUUCCUCUCAUACCGCAACCGUACUUAACGAAUUGGAUAUAUGGGCAGUUCGCCUCUACCUCAAGUUGUGAAGGCCACCAAGACCGAACGAAUGUAGCAGGUUAUCCCAAUGGGCGAACUUCAUCGGUUAUGAAAGUGAAGGUUCUCACUCAGCGUACUGUGGUCCGGCGUGUCAACGAUCUUCUACCUCUCGGGGGUGCAUGGGCGCACCCACUUGUAGUGCGUAAUCUAUGUCAAAUACAAGGCUAUAAAAUAUUAGAGCAGUUAGCUAAUGCUGCGCAACCCCGUUAUCCAAAUUCUCAGAAACCCAUCAAAACGUUCCAUCCGAAAAAUCGCUCCUGUGUUUUUUCCCAAACACUCGGGUGCCAAAUUUUUAGCCGAUUCCAUCCAGCUGUUGGGGUGAAAAGUGGGGAUGAAGUUCAGCUGCCUAGAAUUUAAAAUAAACGAGGCUAUCUACAAUUAACACCUUCCAAUCGCCUGGAAAGUUUAUUACUUUUUCCCUUUCGUUUGCUUGAUCUUCUUCUUCUUCUCAGCUUUAGGCAUCUUGUUCUUCCUUUUCUCCCUAGCUGCCUCCUUUACUGCCUUUUUAUGCGUCUAGCAGUCGAGUAC